AAGAGAGAGAGAUAAAUGGAAGAAAAAAGUGUCUGGCAACUGAGAUUUCUUGUGUUUCUUCUAGUAGUUCUUUUGGUCCCGACCCAAACAGAAAGUGUUCUUCCCUCUAGACAAGAACCACUCCCAGUACUCAUUGGAAGGAAACUGAUGCUCAGUCGGACCAAUGAGAUAUAUGUUGGCAAGUCGAACAGCAAAAAAGCUAGUGGAAGGAAACUUACGUUCACCUCGAUCGAAGAGAUAUAUGUUGGCAAAUCAAACAGUAAAAAAGCUAGUGGUGAUCACUUUCUUCAUAAUCUCUAAUCUCCUUUCACCAGCAUUGAUAUCU